AUGCUGCUGGUGGCCGCCAUUGCGGUGGCCGCCACCCUGUCGCCGUCCGCCUCGGUGUCGGAUAACGUGGUGGUCAUCACGCACAGCCACGAUCACGCGCACGACGGCAUCGCCAGCCACGCUCAUGAGCACGUGCACCGGAUUUCAGAUUCGGCUAAGCAGUGCGCAAGUCCACCCGAACUCUAG